GAGAAGGGGGUAAAUUAUAAGAGACGGACAUGUCUAAAGAAGAACACGGAACGAAAUGUCAGUCAACCGUUUGCUUAAAUUGAUUUAAUUCUGAUUUAUUUAUGAAAUGUUUAGACGUUUAGUCUCGAGAGAGUUAAUUAUUCUACGGUGGAGACAUUCUCAGUCGUCGAAAUGUCUGAGAUUACUGUCGUGCAACUCCGUUAUCGGUUCCGACCGUGGACAGGACCUGUCGAGAGAGGAGCGAACUGUUCCGACCGAACGGGUUCCUUCCCGACCCGAGAAACAGAAACGGGUGUGUAAAGUCAUAUUGGACCGUUUUGACCAACAAUACGGUCAUGAACUUGGCCCCCUAUGGCCGUCUGCAAGGGCGGUGUUGUUGAACCCUGGGUGCUGGCAGGAUGGAGUGAUGCUCAACCUCUUCUCCUCUCCUCCUGUCUCCUACAGGGCGGUGUUGUUGAACCCUGGGUGCUGGCAGUAUGGAGUGAUGCUCAACCGUUUUGCUGCGGUGUCAGAGGUCAAACAACGCCUCCAAGGGCAAGGCUUCGUCAGCCUACUGCCCCACACAGACCUGCCUCUUAACUCCUCUCUCCCCCAGCUUCACCCUACCUCUCCCACCCAGCCUAGCUCCAUCCCUCACCACGGUCCUCACCCUACCUCUCCCACCCAGCCUAGCUCCAUCCCUCACCCCAGCCCUCACCCUACCUCUCCCACUCAGCCUAGCUCCAUCCCUCACCCCGGUCCUCCUCCCCCCUCCCUGCAGUGUUUCAUCCACCCCUCCCCAGUGCGUUACCCCUCUCCUCCUCACCGCCAGGGCCAGUUGAAACCCUACUACCUGAUGAACGCUGCCUCCCUGCUGCCUGUCUUAGCCCUGGGGGUAGAGGAGGGGGACAGGGUCCUGGAUCUCUGCUCGGCUCCUGGAGGGAAGGCCUUGGCUAUACUACAGACUGCUGACCCAGCCCUGUUGUGUUGUAAUGAAAUGGACCCACACCGACGUGAUUGGCUGGCCAAAACCCUGGAAUCCUUCAUCCCCCAAUCGCUGAGCAGCACUGUCACCGUGUCCAAUCAGGAUGGACGGAUCUUUGGGCAGAGUGAAGCCGGAAUGUAUGACAAGGUUCUGCUGGAUGCUCCAUGUUCUAAUGAUCGUAGCUGGCUGUUCUCUGGUCCAGGAGGGGAGGAGCAUGGGGCUGUGAGGCUGAGGGAGAGGGCCAGGCUGCCCACACUACAGACACAACUGCUCAGGUCUGCGCUGGCUGCGGUGCGUCCGGGGGGCGUGGCCGUCUACUCCACCUGCACGUUGUCCCGCUCUGAGAACCAGGAAGUGGUGGAGGCGGUCCUAAACACCUGUCCAGGGGUGGAGCUUCAAGACCUGGAGGAGGAGCUAGCCCUUCCACUUCAGGAACACUUCACCUUCACCCCGUUAGGCCACACCCCCUCGUUAGGCCUACUUGUGGUUCCACAGCAGGGUCAGACUUGGGGGCCCAUGUUCCUGUCGCGCAUCAAGAGGAUUCACUGAUUGGUUGAUUGACUCGCUGACUUCCUGUCAUGCAUUAAGAGGACUCGCUGACUUCCUGUCAUGCAUUAAGAGGACUCGCUGACUUCCUGUCACGCAUUAAGAGGACUCGCUGACUUCCUGUCACGCAUUAAGAGGACUCGCUGACUUCCUGUCACGUAUCAAGAGGACUCGCUGACUUCCUGUCACGUAUCAAGAGGACUCGCUGACUUCCUGUCACGUAUCAAGAGGACUCGCUGACUGAGCAUGUCAGACGCUGAGGCUGGUCUUCGAUGGAUUCCACAAUGCAACAUGUUUUCAUGUGACGGCUACUGCUAACGAGCUACCUCUCUAGGACUGUGUUCCAAAUGCCACUCUAUAUAUACCACACGCAAGUAGUGCACUAUAUAGGGAAUAGGGUUCUAUAGGGCUCUGGUCUAAAGUAGUGCACUAUAUAUAGGGAAUAGGUUUCUAUAGGGCUCUGGUCAAAAGUAGUGCACUAUAUAUAGGGAAUAGGGUUCUAUAGGGCUCUGGUCUAAUGUAGUGCACUAUAUAGGGAAUAGGGUUCUAUAGGGCUCUGGUCUAAAGUAGUGCACUAUAUAGGGAACAGGGUGCUAUUUAGGAAGCACGCUUGGUUUCACACGCUCUUUGGCCAUGUUCCUAUCUGGCAUCAAGAGGACCCACUGAACUCUUAAAUAAAUAAUAAAUCCCAAUGACCUCUGAAUACCCACAACAGUUUUUGAUACAAAGAAGCAGUGGUGGCUGCUGAUUGGCUGAAUACCCGAGGUGCAUUAUGGUUUGAAUUGUCAACAAAGCAGCAUGACAGAAAUAUGAGGCCAAGUUUUCAAACUACCUGUAGUUUAUUUGAGAAUAUAUAUAUAUAUAUAUACACAAUACUUAUUUUCCAUCAUAAUUUGCAAAUAAAUUCAUUAAAAAUCCUACAAUGUGA